GCAAAUCAGGUGUUGUACUCUAAGAGGGAGAGCUCUAGAGGUCUAUGAGUUGUGAGAGGGUGGUGGUUCAAUGGUUUCCAUGAGUUGAGCCUGCAAAUUGAAUGGGUUUGAGUACAUUCAAGAGCUUUAUCGGGAACCUAGAGCGCUUUCCGUGGCCACUCUGUACGGCUCCCAAGUAGCUUUGUUUAGAAGCUUGUUUCUAGGACUAAUACAUCCUGGGAAAGGAAGUUCUCACCUUCCAGUCUCUACGUAGGAGCAAGACUGGACCAACCUGACAUGGAGAAAUACUGACAAAUAUGUAGGAUCCAGGAAGUAUGUUCUUUUGGAGUAUCCAGCGAUAGAUGGAGAGCUCAAACAAAUAUGAUUCAUAAUGACCAUUGAUAGGGCAACAAGAGAUGGUGUGUUCUUAGUUGCUGGACUAACUAGGACGCGAAUUGCCGCCUAGUUGGAGCUCGUGACCAGAUGAUUUGCAGGGUUUGCUUCAUCCCAGGUGCCAAGGACUCUUCCAUCCACGGUGCUGUGUGGCCUGUAGGUUUGGGCAAUCCAACAUUGGAAUCCACAAACAGAUUGAGGCUUUAGGUGCUGCAAGACAUUGAUCUUGGCAGACCUGGGCAAGACUCUUCCAGCAAUCAAUCUAUACCCAGAGUAACUAGCUCAGAACCAGACUCUGGGCCGCAAGAUAUUCAGACGCUUCGGUUCGGAGUGCAUCUCAGACUGCUGGGCUCAGAUGAUUUGUGUAGAUGAAUGAAUGAUGACGGACAUGGCCAACGCCCGGGAUCGGGUUCCUCUUCCAGCGGAACGCAGUGGGUGAGGAAAGUCCAUGGUGCCGCCAGCUGGGUUGAUUCGAGUCCGGAAAAGACUUCGAGCUCAGAUGGUCCACACCAGGGGCCCCAGCCUACUGCUGAGAUGGAAGAGCUGGCCACGGAACACAAAGACCAUGACAAAGGAACAUGCGAGCCCUGUGUCUUUUUCACUUCCAGUUUCGGUUGCCGAAUGUCAGACCGAUGCAAAUAUUGCCACUUACCGCAUCCGAAGAAGAACCUGCCUGGGAACCGCCGCCCUCAACGGCGAGAGCGGACGCAGACCAAGGAGCGCAUUCUGGAGAUGUUUCAAUCCUUCCAAGAUGAACUCCAACGUGAGGUCAAUGGCAACCACUUUGUGCGUAAAGAAGUCAUGCGUUUCCUGAAUGGGGAUUGGGAUGCAAGUGGGAAUGCGGAUCGUGUCGAUGAGCCCUAGCUGCGUGCGGUGAACACUAUGAAUACCUAAUACCAUGCCGGAGGACUCUGUGGGUGCCAGGGGUCUAACCACCUGAGGAGAUGAGACAGGAGCCCGAAGGGGUAUGUAGGCAGCCCCGGUCAACCGGUCAACCGAACUGGCGACCGGAUCGCGGGGGCGAGCGGAUCACGCGG